GGGCCGAGCGGCGGAAGCGGCGGCGGCGGGGCGGGGCGCGCGGGCAGGCCGGCAUGGAGCCCGCCGAGGGGCCGGGCGCGGUGGACUUCCACGGCGAUGAGGAGAUCAUCGAGGUGGUGGAGCUGGGCCCACCCGGGCCGGAUGACCUGGCCGACGAGAUGGAGGACGUGGACUUUGAGGAGGAGGGGGGAGAGGAGCCCGAUGCCGAGGCGUGGGACACGGAGGACGACGAGGGCGUGGGGGACGGCAUGGAGCCGCAGGAUGACAGCGAGGUCACGUUCUCCCUGCACUCGGCUUCUGUUUUCUGCGUGAGCCUCGACCCUAAGACCAACACGCUGGCAGUGACGGGCGGGGAGGACGACAAGGCCUUUGUGUGGCGCGUGAGCGACGGAGAGCUCCUGUUCGAAUGCACAGGGCACAAGGACUCGGUUACCUGUGCCGGCUUCAGUCAUGACUCCGUGUUCGUGGCCACUGGUGACAUGUCUGGGCUUAUCAAAGUAUGGCGGGUGGAUGCCAAGGAGGAAGUGUGGUCCUUCGAAGUGGGCGACUUGGAGUGGAUGGAGUGGCACCCUCAAGCCCACGUCCUUCUGGCGGGCACGGCUGAUGGCAACUCCUGGAUGUGGAAGAUCCCCAGCGGAGACUGCAAAACCUUCCAGGGUCCUGCGUGCCCGGCCACGUGUGGCAGGAUCCUGCCUGACGGGAAGCGAGCGGUGGUGGGGUAUGAGGACGGGACCAUGCGCAUCUGGGACCUGAAGCAGGGAACCUCGCUGCAUGUCCUAAAAGGCCAGGAUGGCCACCAGGACCCCUUGACGUGCUUGGCCAGCAACCAGGACGGCAGUUUGAUCCUGACGGGCUCCGUGGACUGCAACGCCAAGCUGGUCAACUGCGCCACGGGCAAGGUGGUGUGCGUGUUCAAGAUGGAAAGCACGGCCCCCAAGGCCCCUGGUGGCGAGAGCGAGGAGGCAGAGUCCAACUCGGUGGAGUCCCUGGGCUUCUGUAACGUGAUGCCGUUGGCUGCUGUGGGGUACCUGGAUGGCACGCUGGCUAUCUAUGAUCUCUCCACACAGAGCCUGAGGCAUAAGUGCCAACAUGAGUCGGGGAUCGUGCAGUUGCUGUGGGAGGAGAGCUCGGCCGUGGUGUACACCUGCAGCCUGGACGGGGCUGUGCGGCUCUGGGAUGCGCGCUCAGGGAAGAUGAUCUGCGAGUACCGAGGGCACUCGGCCGAAAUCCUCGACUUCGCUGUCAACAAGGAUGCCUCCAUCGUGGUGACGAGCUCUGGUGACCACCAAGCCAAAGUGUUCUGCGUGCAGCGUCCCGAUCGCUAGGAGCUGUGCUGAGGGAUGUGUCCUGGCUCUGCCGGGGGCUCGUGUACAGAGGGAAGAAGGAGAUGGGUUCCACCACCCUUCUCCAGCACGUACUUUGUAAUUUUCCAGUCUGCCUCACCUUGCCCUCACCAUCUGGGGGCCAAGCCUGGGGUUUUGUAUGAAAGUGUCUUUUAAUUAUAUAAAUUAUUUCACUUAACUGGAUGCCAUCCACUCUGCUUGUUGGGGGGAAGAGGACCUGCGGAGCUACGCUCCCUCCCUCCUCAGGGAUCUCCCCAGCACCCAGCCAUGGCCUGAGGAUCAACAGCAGGCGCUUUUAUGCUGGUCUGGGUGGAGGCAGAGUCCCCCAGCCCUAGCUGUCCCUGUCAGGGGGAAGGAAGGGGCUAGGGUAAGGUGCAGAUUGCUAACUGAGGGUAGGAGAAUCCUGCUCUGUGCAACCUGGGCGCUCCUUAAUGCAACAGGCUACUCACUCCUAGACCCCAAGACAGAGAUCACCAGAAGUAAUUUGCUCUGGGAUACAGUCAUGACACAGUAAGUACCAGGCCCUUUGCACCUGUGACUCCAAACAAGGCCACAUGGGUCGACAAGCCAAAGCCCCACAGCCCCUUAAGAUAGAAAGAUCUCCUUUAUUAAUGAACCCC